AUGGCGACCAAGAUCCCCUUCAACACCGAUAAGUGGGGACCCCUCGACGCCAAGUAUCCCCUCAAGGGCGAGGUGCAAGACGGCGGGGCAAGCCUCAAGCACAUCUCUGUCGGAGGGACGGACUGGUGGCGCACGACCGGCCGACACUCGAUGGACGGCCCGGUCCACGGGUUUUGGCACGAGGUUGGAGGUGGGAUCGAGGUCAGCGUCGAGCUCACUGUCGACCCAAAGGUGCAAUACGACCAAGCCACGUUGUUCCUGUAUGUCUCGCCGACGCAGUGGGUCAAGGCCGGUAUUGAGUUUGAUGACGGCGCGUUGUGGAACGGCGCAGUGGUGUGUAACCCAUACUCGGACUGGUCAAAGACCAAGCGCCGGCCCGCAGAUUCGGCGCGGUAUACCAUCUCCUACAGCGAUAACCUGGUCCAGAUCUACCUUGGGGACGACAUGAUUCGCCAGGUCAAGUGGUUCGGGCCGACGCGCAAUAACGAUGCGGACAAGGGUACUGAGGGGCAGGACAAGGUGUUUGUCGGUGUCAUGUCGUGCUCGCCCAAGGCUGGCGGGGCGGACAUCACCUGGCGCGACUUUACGCUCAAGCAGAGCGCGUGA